AAUUGUGUGUAUAUUCAUGGUGUAAUUUACAGGAAAGAAAGUGGUACAAGACAAAGAAAAACCGGCCACCCGAUUUCCCAGAAAGAAAGACACCUCUGGAUUCUUGAUUCUUCUUUGUUUUUGUGUUUAAAUUUGGGAAAUCAAAUCUUCAAUUGGAUCACAACAAUUUAUGGUAGUCUAGUCCCGAUUUUUUUUUCUCACUCUCUUUGAUCAAAAUAUCCCAAUUUUUUCGGUUGUUACUGGAUUCGAAAUCUUGAGACGGAUAAGGCGUGUGAAGACUUUCCGAUUCGCCCUCUGAUUGUGAUUGAUUUGGGGGUGGUGAUAUAUCUGUGUAAUUGAUUGGGAAUUUAGGGUUCGAAAUGGCGUUUCAUUUAUCAAAGUUCGUCGAUAAAGUUUAUUUGAUGGCUGAAGGGGGAUCUCAUUAUUGUUCAAAGAAAUCCGAUGAUAUCUGCAGCGAUGUUUGCGAUGAGGAUUCGACGAUAUCUUCAGCAAUGUCAAGAGUUCGUUGCAUUCUACGCGGAUUAGAUCUAAAAACCCUCAUUUUUCUAUUCGUAUUGGUACCAACAGUCAUCUUCGGAGUGUACAUUCACGGUCAAAAAAUCUCCUACUUCUUGCGUCCACUAUGGGAAUCACCACCAAAGCCAUUUCACGAAAUCCCUCAUUAUUAUCACGAAAACGUAUCAAUGGAGAAUCUCUGCAAGCUUCACGGAUGGAAAACCCGCGAGUUUCCAAGGCGUGUAUUUGACGCAGUCUUAUUCAGCAACGAAGUCGAUCUUCUCACAAUACGAUGGCAUGAGUUAUACCCUUACGUUACAGAGUUCGUACUUCUAGAAUCAAACUCCACCUUCACCGGUUUACCUAAGCCUCUUGUGUUUUCCGGCCACCGUGAACAGUUCAAAUUUGUGGAACCGAGGUUAACCUACGGGAUGAUUCCGGGAAGAUUUCAUAAAAAGGAAAACCCGUUUGUUGAAGAAGCGUAUCAACGAGUGGUGUUGGAUUAUUUACUGAAAAAAGCUGGGAUUGAAGAUGAUGAUUUGUUAAUCAUGUCAGAUGUUGACGAGAUUCCAAGUAGACACACGAUCAAUCUUUUAAGAUGGUGUGAUGACAUACCUCCUGUUCUUCAUCUUCGUCUCAAAAACUACUUGUAUUCAUUCGAGUUUUUCUCAGACAACAACAGCUGGAGAGCAUCUGCACAUAGAUAUAAAUCGGGUACAACAACAUAUGCUCAUUUCCGUCAAUCUGAUGUGAUAUUAGCAGAUGCAGGGUGGCACUGUAGCUUUUGUUUCCGGCGUGUGAGCGAGUUCAUCUUCAAGAUGAAAGCUUAUAGCCAUUUCGACAGAGUGAGGUUCAAAAAGUUUUUGAACCCUGAAAGAGUCCAGAAAGUAAUCUGCAAAGGGGCUGAUCUUUUCGACAUGUUACCAGAAGAGUAUACUUUUAAGGAAAUCAUUGGGAAGAUGGGACCCAUUCCACAUUCUUAUUCAGCAGUUCAUCUUCCUGCACAUCUUCUUGAAAAUGCUAGCGAUUACAGAUUUUUGUUGCCUGGGAAUUGCUUGAGAGAAAGUGGGUGAAACAAACUUGAAUGAUUAUUAUAUGUUUUUUUAAAUGGUUGUAGAGGUAGAUGAGUUGAUGGAUUUGUGUAUAUAGAGCCUCUCCUUUUUCCAUUUAUUUGUUAGUUUGAGGGAGGAGGACUCCCUCUUUGAUAUAUUAGGAAAUUUUGAAAUCUAUUUCAUAUCUUUAUUCAA